UGUGUGUGUGAGAGAGAGUGUAUGUGUGUCUGUGCUGCUGCUGCAGCAGAUAGAGCCGGUUAGGCGAGGCGGCGAGGAGGGGCUGGAGGCUAAAAACGACACAAAAUAACACGAACCCCCCUAAAAAUAAGAGGAGCCGCGCGCAGAGAGACGAUAAGAGAAUAAAGGCGAGCGCGAGGAGAAAGAAAAAGCGCUGUGAGAAAGAAAAGCGGCGCGGCGCGGCGCGGAGCUCCUCCUCUGCGGCGUGCGAGGUGGAGGAAGUUAAGGCGAUGCGAUAGAGGUCACUGCGCGUUUUAUUGUUGUUCUUUCUCCGCCGAGGCCGUGCACGCGCAGAAAGGAGCUGCCUUGCAUUUUUUUGCGUCGGACGGAAAUAAAUGGGUGAUUACGGCUUCGGUUUGCUGCACACGGCGAGUCUCAGCAGCAGCAGCAGCAGCAGCAGCACCGGCGCGGCGCUCCUGUUCGGCUCCGGAGCUGCUUUCCGCUCCCUGUCCGGCUCCUCCUCCUCCCCGCUGGCCCCGCCGGCCUCCUGCCCCGCUCCGCUCUUCUCCGAUGAUCCCGCGGGGGUGACCGGCUCGCAGCAGCUCGACGGCGGCGUCGGUGAAGAAGGGCAAGAAGCCACUGACGGAAGCCUAGCGUUAGCAUUAGCACCGGGCGAGCGGCCGCGAGCCGGCGACUUUAAAGCGCAGGCCCCGUUUUGCCCCGUGCGUGACCUUCAGGAGCCACAGCCGCAGCCACCCCCACCCUCCUCCACCUCCUCCUCUCCGUCGUCCGCCGCCUCCUCCUCCGUGACCGCAGAGCUCCGGCAGCUGGCGCCGGUGUCUGAGCCCGAGGCCGCGCCGCUUUCUCCCUCUCCCGGUACAGCGCAGCACCUCCAGAUGGACUCCGCUCACCUGCUCAGCAGCGGCGCCGGGGUGCUGGCCGGAGGCCUCGGAGCGGGCUUCCACGGCCUCCCACACCAGGACAUGGCCACCCCCGGAGGAGUCAGCGGCCCGGCUUCCCCUCCUCUCCCCAGCUUCGCAGCGCCCUGGUCGGUUCACACCAGCUCCCCUCCGCCUGGCCCUCAGCCGCAGCCUCCGCCGCCGCCGUCCGGCUCCACCCCGAGCAGCGAGCCUGACAGCAGCUUCUAUCCGGCCCUGCAUUCAUCCAUGAGCCCCGGCUUCUUCCAGAGCUUCUCGCCCGUGCCGGCGAGUCCGUGCGCCGCCGUCAGUGUGCAGGGCUUCGGCGGGCCCUUCUCCCCGCAGCAGCCGCCGCCGCAGAGCCGCCGCUCCCCGGGCAGCCCCCACAACAUGGCCCCGCAGCAGCAGCACGGAGCUUUCCUGCAGCAGAGGAACAACUACAACCACCACCAGCCCGUGAUGAAGCAGUCCCUGUGGGGUGGUCAUCAGGGCAGCGGUUGGAGCUCUGGUGGGGUGUCCUGGGGUAGAGAUCAUCGUCGUGGCGGGGGCAUGGGUGUGCCCGGCUCGCUCAGUCAGAUCUCCCCCAUGAAGAAGCCUUUCUCCAGCAGCGUCAUCGCCCCGCCAAAGUUCCCCCGCUCCACCGCCUCACUGGGGCCCAAGACCUGGAUGGAGGAGAAUGUAUUCCGCACCGACAACAACAGCAACACUCUGCUGCCUCUACAGGAUCGAAGCAGAAUGUAUGACAGUCUUAACAUGCACUCACUGGAGAGUUCUCUGAUUGACAUCAUCCGGGCAGAGCAGGACCCUCUUAAAGGCCGCAUGGGAUGUCCGCAUCCUGGUGGCGACGGCCUGCUCAUGCUCAAUGCAAGGAGCUAUGGGAGACGCCGAGGACGCUCCUCCCUGUUUCCCCUCGACGACGGCCUCCUUGACGACGGGCAUGGCAACCAGGGUGUUCCAGGGGUUCUGGGUUCCCCCAACUACCCACAUCAGAACGGGGAGCGCAUCGAGAGGUUUUCUCGUAAGGUGUUUGUGGGUGGCCUGCCCCCGGACAUAGAUGAAGAUGAGAUCACAUCCAGUUUCCGGCGCUUUGGGCACCUGGUGGUUGAUUGGCCACACAAAGCAGAGAGCAAAUCCUACUUUCCCCCUAAAGGUUACGCCUUUUUGCUGUUCCAAGAGGAAAGCUCUGUCCAGGCGCUGAUUGAGGCCUGUCUGGAGGAGGACGGAAAGCUCUAUCUGUGUGUGUCCAGCCCCACCAUCAAAGACAAGCCGGUUCAGAUCCGUCCUUGGAACCUGAGCGACAGCGACUAUGUGAUGGACGGCUCCCAGCCUCUCGACCCCCGCAAGACCAUCUUUGUGGGUGGAGUGCCACGCCCUCUAAGAGCAGUUGAGCUGGCUAUGAUCAUGGACCGUCUGUAUGGUGGCGUGUGCUACGCGGGAAUUGACACUGAUCCAGAGCUGAAGUACCCAAAGGGGGCGGGGCGUGUGGCCUUCUCCAAUCAGCAGAGCUACAUCGCAGCCAUCAGCGCCCGAUUCGUCCAGCUGCAGCACGGAGACAUUGACAAACGGGUGGAGGUGAAGCCAUAUGUGCUUGACGACCAGCUGUGCGAUGAGUGUCAGGGGGCUCGCUGCGGCGGGAAGUUUGCGCCUUUCUUCUGCGCCAACGUCACCUGCCUGCAGUACUACUGCGAGUUCUGCUGGGCCAACAUCCACUCCCGUGCCGGCCGCGAGUUCCACAAGCCACUGGUCAAGGAGGGAGCCGACCGUCCCCGCCAGAUCCACUUCCGCUGGAACUAACGAGCGCAUGGAAACACAGAGAGGGUGGUCAAGUUAGGCCAGGCAGAGCUGCGUGUACGGCAAGGAAAAAAAGUGCUUCAAGCCCAAGUUAUCAGUAUAGAGCACCUAACAGUAUACAGUAUAUAGAGAUCUAUGAAUAUAUUUAUCUUUAUCUUUUGUAGCAGCCAGAUACACUACACGCCUCAGUUUUUUUGUUUUGUUUUGUUUUUUUUGGUUCACCAAACCACCCCUACCUUUUGCUCCUCUUCUCCCACCCACCCCCACAUCUCAGGCUCAGAAAAGAGUGUAUUUGUGGUACUUUCAUGUUUUUUAAAAAAGGAGAUUAACAGAAAAGAGUGAUUUUUUUGUAGUUUUUUCAAAUUAUUUUUAUAUGUGAGAUUUAAAAAAAGUAGAUAUGAGAAUGUCUUUUGCUUGGGGGGGCAGCCAGUGUGUCCGUCUGUCUGUCUGUGUGCUGCUAACCCCCCCUCUAGUGGGCAAAAUGCGCAAUUGUCUCUGGAAAACCCUUGAUGACGUAAUCUCUGAUGCCUGCCCUGGGUCUUCAACCAAAGGUAGCAAAACGAUAGGAGGCAUGAAAAUGAAACAUUUCUGCCACAGAAAACGAUAUUUUUCUCCCCUCUAUUGUUUUUAUGUGCUCUUAACAGUUAAAAAAGGACGAUUCUAAAAGAAGAUUAGAGUUCUCUCCAUUUUUGACCUGCAAAAAGCGAUUAAUACCUCAAACCUGCGGAUCUGGUUUGUUAUUGCUCUACCUGGCAAUUUAAUCACAAGCUACAUGAGACGCUUUGCUGCUAUAAUUCUGAUAUAAUUAAUAGAUGUAUAGUUGUGAUAUCUAAAGGCAUCUUUAACGAAAUUGUGUGAAAAAUCCGAAUCGAAAUGCAGUGUGCACCCUCGCACGGGCGGAAGAAUGGAAUGUGAAAAAAACAUAAGUGCAUGUUUGUUGUCCUUGCAUCGUUUGCAUGCAGUAGGCUAUAGAGGUUUCCAACACGUAUAGGAAAAAAAAACAAGGAUUUGUUUUACUGAUAAACCGAACACUAUGUAGCAUGAGAGAUAAAAAAAAUACAUUAGACUCUCAAGUAUAAGAUAAUAUCAAUAAUGGUGAACAUUAAGGAAUACUAAGUCUAAAAUUCUUACUAAAAACCUUUUGCAUGCAUUGAUGUGAUAAUUUGUUUACAUACAUUGUUCUAUGGAAAAGCGUCAUUACUUCUUAGGUUAGCAACUUUUCCCCAUUUCGUGUAUCGGUGGUUAGUGAAGAAGCCGUGUGCUGUCCAGUGCUCGUGUGUCUCGUCUACGUGUUGUGCGACUCUAUUUAUGUAUGGAUUCAGGUUUUAGUUUAGUUACAACUUAGAGGAAAGUUAGAACAUCUCAACAUCUUGCCUUUGCCCCCCACUUAACCACCCCUCCCCUGUACGCCACAUGCCCUCGCUGGCUAAAAGGCUGCCGGUUUUAUUAUAUACCACGCAAAACAUGGUUUUGAUCUAGUUAUCCCAUUACUGUAGGUAUGAGUGUGUGGAGAUGAUUCUAGAAGGAAGCUUUUUCGCCUUUACGUGAGCCGAGGAUGCUGCUCCUUCGAGGACACUCGUCUCUUUUGCUCCGGACCUUGCUGUCCUUCAGUUAUCAACACGUGAUCAUUUGAGAAAUGUACAAAAGAAUAAUCAGUAGAUGUAGAUUACAGAUCUAGGUGGAGAUGGACCUAAAAACCCAAGAGAGUUAAGAAAAAUGCAACCCAAUCAAUAAUGAAAAAUAUUGUUUUUAACGUAAGCGUUUCUUGUAUUGAAUCGUUGAUUUUUGUCUGCACAGUUCUCGUUGUCCUGUCCCAUCUUAUUGUAAUCAAGUGCAACUCUGUAGACAGUGUUAGGGACAAUCUUCCUGUAAGCAAUGGAUGCUGUUCAGUGAAGCAGCGUUUUUGGUACUGUAUUUGCGUUAGUUUAUCUUUAGCUAUCUUUCUGUAUUCUCUGUACUUUGUUUGGCUGUCUCUAUCUGUCUGUCUAGCUAGCUAACUAGCUGCUAGCUAUCCUCUUAUAAUCUGUCUUGCUGUAUCUGUGAGGGUAGCUUGUUAGCUGCUAGCUAUCUCUCCACCCUCUGCUGUCUGUCGAUCUUGCUAGCUAGAUAGCCAGCUGCUAGCUAUCUCUCCACCCUCUGCUGUCUGUCGAUCUUGCUAGCUAGAUAGCCAACUGCUAGCUAUCUCUCCACCCUCUGCUGUCUGUCGAUCUUGCUAGCUAGAUAGCCAAUUGCUAGCUAUCUUUCCCAUCUUUGCUAUCAGCAGUCUUUGGGUCUCUAUAACUAUCAAACUAGAUAGCUAGCUUGCUAGCAGUCUUUGGUUCUAGAUAGCUAGCUUGCUAGCAGUCUUUGGUUCUAGAUAGCUAGCUUGCUAGCAGUCUUCCUAAACUCUCUAGCAGUGUCUCAAAGCCCUUUUUGGAGGACAGCUAGAAUGUGGCCAAGAAAUGGGUCCUGCGUUUCUGCGAAUGAAAAGGACUAAACGGGUGUAUCCUUCAAGAACUUUAGUCACCCUCAGUCUUUCACACGCAGCGCAAAACCACUCAGAAAACAGCAGUUCGCCCUCAGUCAACACGGCAGAGGAGCUAGCAAGGCCUGUCCUACUUGACUGCAGCCUUCACUUGGAGAAAGAGCUAGCUAGUUAGCCAGCUAGCUGCAACAUAUUGUCCUAUCCUUUCUUUAGCUCUGUAUGUCUGCGAGUCCAGUUAGUUAGUUAGCAUCAUCCUAAUCUCUCCUCAUUUGGCUUUCUCUGUCUGUCAGUCGGGCUAAUAAGCUAGCUGAUAAUAAGCUACCUUCCCGUGCUUCCUUUGGCUCUGUAUCUCUUGUGUUCGUGGCUUUGGUGAUAUGUUCAGUGCCCUGGCGUGGUGUCCUGAGUAUUUGUGAUUUGAUUGUUUACGUGUCUACUGUUACCGCAUUGAGAUGAGAUUUUGUGUGUUUUUAUUUAUUGCUUUCUAUAUUUAACUCAAGUAUUUAUUUGUGGACGUGUCACCCAUUCCUAGACCGUUAAACCUUCUGUUCUCAUGAUGACAUGCACUACUACUAACAUGUACAUCCCUGGCGAGCCAUUGUUAUUGGAUUUGAAUCUGUUCUACCGUACAGUCCAACCCGACCGCUAACCCAUUUUAAAAGCCAAAAACAACAAAAAACGUUUUUAAAAAAAAGCAAUCUUUAGCAGUUUUGUCUUUAACUUAUAGGGUGUUUUUAAUUUUAUACCAGAUUAUUUAAUAAUCACUUUAUUUAACUUAUUUGAUAAAAUCUUGCAAGAACCGCAGGCCCAGAUUCAGAGUCUGGUGAUAGUGCUAAGCCAGUUAUAUACUCUGGAAGAGUUGUGGCGACUCGCGGAAAAGAGCGGUGCCCGAAAUCCUCGUUCUAUCGAAACGGUGGACAAACGGUAGCAUUAGGACUAGUGAGCUGUGCCCCAAAGUCCAUGAAGGAACGUUUCCUGAACUGAGCCUGUCCAGAUUGGCUGAAGGAAGUGGCACCCUGUUCAUAGUGUCACCAUAUCCCUUUAACUCUGUGCUGUUGAUGGAGUUCGUGAUCAGUACUGUGUCCUCUUCUCCGUGUGGAACACUGUUGCUUUGUACACGUGUGGUUUUAUUUUUUGUGAGGUUUUUUUUUUUCUUUCUGUUUUUAUUUGUACAAAAUCAUAUUUAUUUCACUAUUUUUGUAGACAGCUCUUUGAUUUGGAUUGUAUUUUUCUAUUUCACUUAUUCUACACGCCUCAUUUCCCCGAUUAUUUAUGAUUCUGUUCACAAGCAGGGUUUCUGCUGAAAGAUGUUUAAAAAAAGAAGAAGAAAGAAAGCCUAAGUGAAAGCUUUCUUUAAAAAAAAACACCCAUGCAAUUUUGUGUAUAGUGAUAUAUUAAUAUAUACCGUAGUUGGUUUUAACCUUUUAACAUGAUUAAUAUAUAAGUCGAUCAUAGGUUUUAUUUUACGGAAGAAAACAUUGAGGGUUUUUAUUCUUUUUUUCAUGGAAAACACUUGAGACUCUCCCCCGGUUGCAUCGAGUCCUAGCAGGUCUCUCCUCACUGAUGCGCAGAAACUUGAAUAUAACACAUUUUGAAAGGCUGACUAACCUCGAAUCUGUGUUGUGACGUGCAAUACUGUUUCUAAUGUUUGUAUAAAAAGUGAGAAUUACAGUGUAUACCUUUUUAAUGCAGAUUUAUUUUUUUCAUUGCAUAUUUUGCAAAUUUCUGAUUCACAGUGUCAUUUUUUACUGUCAGAAAAAAGAUAAACCCCUUUUUUUCAUUGCAACUAUUUUUAAAUCCAGAUAUCUUUGUACUGAUGUAAAUGAUUGUAGUUAUUUUGGAUAGCGUUUUGCUAACAAAAGGAGAAACUUUUUCAUGCAUAUUUCUAUUUCAUUUCAUUUUUAUUUGAUCCCUUUUUUAUUUUACUUUAAUAGUAGCAAAACUUGGAAUAAUUUUUCAUAUAUGUCAUUAAUAUUAUUUUGUAUUUUUAUGUGGAAAUAUAUAAAUAUAUAAUUUUAUGAUGCUAAUUGCUAAGAUAUUAUUUUAAUUUGAAUUAUUUUUAAAGCUAAAAUCUUUGUAAUAUUGUUAAUGUUACUAGUUUCUAAAUCAGAGUUUGUGUAUAGAUUCCCUCAAGUGGUUUAUGAAGUGUUGGGAUUGUAAUUAUUACUGAAUGGAUCUUUGAUAUGCAAAAUGAAUAUCAUGUUGAUUUUUAUUUUGGUUUGUUUUGUAUUUAAAUGGGGUGUUGAUUACAAUCUUAUUUCUUUCAUUUCCUGAAUAAAGACCCGUUCUGUUCGGACACA